AUGAAGAAGCGUUGGGGCUUCCAUCCACAGGACGUCGCCGUCCCUCGUCUUGCUGACGACCUACGCACCCUCUACGCUCAGGGCACAGGCGGCAGACGCUUCCGAUUGCGCUUUGCCGAUUUCCUGCGCGACCAAGCGGGCCACGCAGUCGAUGGCGAAUCGCUGUUCAUGACCAACGGAUCGUCGCAGGGCCUCCAGAUGGUGCUCGACCUCUUCACGAGCGAGGGCGACACCAUCUUCGUCGAGAACCCGACCUACUUUCUCGCGCUGGCCAUCUUCAAGGGUCGAGGCUUGAACGUGGUCGGAGUGGAGACGGACGAGCAGGGAAUCAACGUGGAGGACCUCGAAGCCAAGCUCCGUGUCCACGGUCGGCUCAACAAGAAGCCGCCGGUGGUGUACGUCAUACCCACGUUCAGCAACCCGACCGGGGUCACGCUGAGCAUGGAGCGAAGGCACCGUCUGCUCGAUCUCAGCCGACGAACGGAGGCCAAGAUCGUCGCCGAUGAGGUCUACCAGUUCCUUGCCUUCGGCGACCAGCACCGUGGGAGCGUGGACCACAACGUGAUCACAUUGAAUUCGUUUUCGAAGAUCAUGGCCCCUGGCCUACGGCUCGGUUGGCUUCAGGCGUCCGAGCCCUUGCUCAAGCACAUCGAAGAAUACGGGCCGAUACAGAGCGGCGGCGGACUCAACCCAGUGGUGCUGCAGUUGGUCCACCAUGCGCUGGAGGCCACCGACAAGCGCGGCCAAGGCGUGCUCGCCCAGCACCUGGCCUCGCUCCCAACCGCCAGCCUCACGUCGCUGUCGUCGCACGGUGCUGACGGCGCGGCCGCGGGCGAGGCGCGACGACGUGGCGUGUGCUUCGAUCGGCCCAGCGGCGGCUACUUCGUGUGGCUGCGCCUGCCUGACCUUCUGCUCGAGGCCAGCGACGAUGCUUCACUGCGACCGCACGAAGCGUUCGCCCGCGCGUGCCGCGACCGAGGUGUGGCCUACCAGCCCGGACACCGCUUCACCGCUGCUUCGCCUCCGUCGUCGGCAUGGGAGAACUACGCGCGGUUGAGCUUCGCGUACUACUCGCCCGACGAGAUCGCCGAGGGAGUGCGCCGGCUCGCCAGUGUCAUCGACGACCUCGCCACACGCCAAUGA